AAAAUGGUUGUAAUGCUCCUCCUAUUGGUUCAAAGGAAGAUACAUCUGGAUUUCUAAGCAUAAAUCUUGUUUUGAACCUUGACAGCUUGGAAGUGGACUUGAGCAAGGAGCUGCUAACAUCACCUUCAAAAUCAUUGCUAGGAGAAAAAGCUCAGGAAACUCAAGAUUUGCAGAAUGGCAAUCACACGUACCACAGAUGGAGACCAACGCCAACAAGUCAUGAGCAAGUGAAGUGGGGCAAAGCUACUAAGGCAGCAACAGGCGGCAGUGAUGUGAUGCUCAGAGAAUUGAGGCGUCCAAAUGGGGACCCCAAAGUAAUGGCCGCUCAGUCUAUUGAGGAGUAUCUCAAGUUGAAAAACAAGCUGCAGCUGCUCACCCUAGGCAUUGGCAGCAUAUGUAUCUUGUUCUCCUGAAAUUGCAGCAAGCUAUGGUGUCGGCUUGCUUGGUUCAUUGGCAUACAUGCGCAUGCUAGGGAACAGU